GUGUUAGAGCACAACCUCGGUCGUAAUCAGUCGGAACGCGCGACAACCUUAGUCGCUUGGAAGCCUUGACGAGCGCGAGUCGCCGCCGAAGCAAGACUCCGGUUUUAUCGAAACGCUCCAAAAAAACAAACGCGUUAAUAAAAUAUUCAGUUCACAAAUUAUUUGAAGCGUCGCUUUGAACAAUGCUGAGCCAAUCGAUGUGGGCAGUGAUUUUCCGAGCACUAGUUUCUUAUAUGUAACGAGAAUUGUUCAAAUUUUCUUUAUAAAUUCUAAUUAAACAAAAAAACAAUAUGGACGCCGCUUACCUUCCGCCUGACAAGUCUCAAUCCCAAAAUGGAGACGUCGAAAUGACAGACGUGAAACCGAAAAAUGAACAAAUCGUCCUCGAUCAGUUGGAGUAUGAGCCGUCUGGUUGCUUGGAGACCUCGCUAGCCAGGGUUGGCAGUUCCACUGAGGUGUUCCUCAAAAGAAAUGGACCAUCUAUUAAGAUCAUAAGCCUUUUCGUGCUGAACGGCUUGGUGAUCGGGUUCUUCUUCGGAUGCUUAUAUUAUCAUUUGUAUCAUAAUAACCAACCGUUGAUGCUGUGCGAAGGCUUCGGAAGCUUGAUAGCCUUGCUGUCGAUAGUCUACUUCUUCGUCAUAUAUUACUUGGUGGUCAAGAGGUACUUCGGGGACUGGUUCGAAGCUAACGUCUGGAAUAAAGCCGAACGUGUGGCUUUAAAGCUCUGGGAAUAUGCUUUGUUUCGCUGGUCGUUCUGCUUGCUCGUGCUCGGUGGGAUCCUGGUCUUCUUGGUCUUAGACGCGACAGACACACCCGAACGGCUUAUAUCCUUGCUCGGACUGUUUUUACUCAUGGGAUUAGGGUUUAUAUUCUCUUCGCAUCCCGGCCGAGUGAAAUGGCGCACCGUCUUAUCCGGGCUCCUGUUGCAGUUCGUGUUUGGGCUGAUCUUCAUUAGGUGGGACCAUGGAAGGAUUGCUCUCCACUGCAUUUCCGAUAAGGUGGCGACAUUCCUGCUAUACGGCCAGGAAGGUGCCGCCUUCGCGUUUGGCAAUCUGCUGGUCAGAGAAGAAGGAGUGUUUGCUUUUAGCUCUCUGCCAGUGAUCUUCUUCUUCAGCAUGUUAGUGGAGAUAUUGUUCUUUUGGGGCGCCCUGCAGGCGUUCUGUCUGACCCUGGGGAGGGUGUUGCGAGCCGCCACCAGCACCACGGUGGUCGAGAGUGUUAUCGCCAUUGGAAAUGUCUUUCUUGGAAUGACUGAAUCAGUCCUGUUGGUGAAGCCGUAUCUAGCUUUGCUGACGCCUUCGGAGAUGCACGUCGUGAUGGCUUCGGGUUUCGCCACCGUAUCGGGUACGAUCUUGGCGACGUAUAUUAAUUUCGGGGCCAAAGCGACGCAUCUCGUCACGGCUAGCGUGAUGUCCGCCCCGGCCGCGGUGUGCUACGCGAAGCUGUUGAUGCCGGAGACAAAAAGAUCGCUCACGACCGUCGAUAAUAUACAGCCGGUCGUCAGCGAAGAUCAAUCUGUUUUGUCGGCUGCGACCCGCGGCGCCACGAAUGGGAUCGCACUGAUUCUGAACAUAAUAGCCAAUAUUGUGGCGUUUGUCGCGUUUGUGGCCUUCAUAAAUGGUGUGUUCGGGUAUUGCGGCGGUCUACUGGGCUUUCCGGAGCUCAACCUGGAGUGGAUCAUGGGCAAAGUCUUCAUUCCGCUCUGCUACGUCAUGGGUGUACCUUGGGAGGAGUGCGAGCUGGUCGGGUCGUUAAUCGGCCUGAAGACCAUCGUGAAUGAGUUCGUUGCGUAUCAGAGGAUGGGGGAGAUGCUGAAGGAUGGUCUCCUAUCGCCUCGAGCUGAGCUGAUAGCGACGUAUGCUCUAUGCGGCUUCACCAACCCAGGGUCAGCGGGGAUCAUGAUCGGAGCUAUAGCAGCAAUGGCGCCAAAUCAACGGGAGACAUUGUCCAGUAUCGCGUUGAGGGCUUUCUUCGCUGGCUGCGGGAUAUGCUUCAUGACCGCUUGUAUAGCUGCGCUACUCAUGCCGGACGGAGCAUUUAUUUGAUAUUAAGAGAAAUAGUAGAAGAAAGAAGCAUAAGAGAAGAAGAAAAGUAGAGAUCGUUUGAUGACGUUUAUUUAUAAGGCUGGACGCCUAUUGUAUCCGUUGCAUACACGUUUAAAGGAGAUAAAAGAUGCGACUAAUUUCUGGUGAAUUUCAUGUUAAUAUCUUUUUUUUUAAUUUUUAUUGCUUAAAUACGAGCUAUCAGCCCACCUGUUGUUAAUUGGUUACUGGAGCCCAUAGACAUCUACAAGGUAAUUGCCGCCACCCACCUUGAGAUAUGAGUUCUAAGGUCUCAGUAUAGUUACAACGGCUGCCCCAUCCUUCAAACCGAAACGCAUUACUGCUUCACGGCAGAAAUAGGCAGGGCGGUGGUACCUACCCGUGCGGACUCACAAGACGUCCUACCACCAGUAAAAUAUAAAUGAACCGAUAAUUUUUAGAAUAAGUAAGAGUAAGAAUAAAGUAAGUUUUUUUUCUAUUUAUUGAUGCACAAAACUAAUCGCAAUCAUUACAGUACAUUACAUAUUUACUAAAUCGUAAAAAUAGUACCUAAAUCUAAUCUGGAUUGCAAUCUAAAUGAUAUAUGCACUUAGCAAACCCGUAUUAAUAUACAUAGCUUUGGCUAUUGACAAUAAAAUUAAAAUAAAAUUAAGAGUUCUAAGAAAAAAAAAGAAAAAAAAAAGAAGUACCUAACAUUAUAUUGAUAUCUAGCCAUUGUUAAGUAUCCAUCACACAUCUGACGUAAUAAUUAACGUAAUAAGAAAAAAAAUACGUACCACUUAUUAGCCUUUACUUAAAUAGUAUUAGUUUUUUUUUUAUAUUAAACAUAAUAUGUGUGUUAUUUAAUUUAUUUUUAGUUCAUUGUAAAUAUAUGUAAUUGUGUAGUAAUAUAUGUUUCGUUAAUUUGA